AUGAGCUUCGGCCGCCCCCCGAGAUGUCUGUUUUGCAGCUUCUCACGCGCGGCUGCCAACGGCCCUCGCGUGCCUCGCCGCCAGUUUCAGUUGUCGGCCGCCCAGUUCGCCGACAAGCCCAACAAGAAGCCUGUCGAGAAGGGCGUUACUUUGAAGCAGCUUAGCGAGAAUAUGAAGCCGGAGGACUUUAAGCCAUACACCAAGAAGGAAAAGGCCUAUCUCAAGAAGCACUAUACCCCCGAACAGCUGGCCGCGAUCGAAGCCGGUGAAGCGGCCAUUGACCCAAAGGACAUGGCCGAGCAGUUCCGAAUUCGCAAAGACCCAAUGAAGCUCAUGUAUCUCGAUGACUUCUCCGUUGUCGAGCCCGGCAUUGACAAGCACGUUCGCGCCCCCGAAAGCAACAGCGACUACAACGCGACCCUGAAGACCGAAGAGGACUUCAUCGACGACUUCGCCAAAUUCAUUUCUGAGAUGCCAGAAAAAGCCACGGUAUCCGACUGGGUGCGGUUUGCAGAGCAGAACCGCAUGACGAUUGGGAAGGAAGAAAACGAGUUGAACCCAAAUAGUUCUCUCGUUCCGGACCUAUUCCAGCCUGGUGAGACCAUUGACGGGCCGAGUGACAAGCCUCACAACUAUUACGAUGUAUCGCGCACCCCGAACCAGGUCGCCAAGGAAGAUAAAGAAGCAAGCGAGGCGUUGAAGGUGCUCAUGAAAAACACCGGGUACAGCGCCUCGGAAAUCGCUAGCCUCAAGACCAAAACCCUCGUCAGGAAAAGUGUCGUCAACCAGACCCGUCUUGGUAAGAUUAGGAGUGAGUAUGUCCUGACUGUCGCCGGUAAUGGAAACGGUCUCCUCGGUAUCGGCGAAGGCAAAUCACAGGAACCCCCAGAUGCCAACAUCCAGGCGGUAUACCGUGCUAUCAGAAACAUGAAGCCUGUCCCGAGGUACGAGAACCGCACGAUCUUUGGUGACGUGACGGGCAAAGUAGGUGCCGUCGAGCUGAAACUGAUGUCCCGCCCUCCCGGCUUCGGUCUCCGCUGCCAAAGCUUGAUCUAUGAGAUGUGCCGCGCAGCAGGUAUCAGCGAUAUUGCAGCCCGUGUCGAGCGGGCCAGAAACCCUAUGAACACGGUGAAAGCCGCAUAUCAGGCCCUAAUGAGCCAGCGCGAUCCGGAGGAGAUUGCCCGCGCCAGGGGCAAAAAGCUGGUCGAUGUGCGCAAAGUUUACUACUCUGGGAGACGCAACUAG